CCCCCUUCCCCGGUUCCCUGCGCCGGGGCCCGCAUGGCGGCCGGCACGCGCCCGGCGGCCGGACCUCGGUCCCGUGCUGCCAUGGCCCAGUGGAGGAAAAAGAAAGGGCUGCGGAAGCGCCGAGGCGCGGCCUCCCAGGCUCGCAGCAGCGACUCAGAGGACGGCGAGUUUGAGAUUCAGGCGGAAGAUGACGCCCGGGCCCAGAAGCUGGGACCUGGCAGACCCCUGCCCACCUUCCCCACCUCGGAAUGCACCUCAGAUGCGGAGCCCGACACCCGGGACAUGGUACGAGCCCAGAACAAGAAGAAGAAGAAAUCCGGAGGCUUCCAGUCCAUGGGCUUGAGCUACCCAGUGUUCAAGGGCAUCAUGAAGAAGGGCUACAAGGUGCCAACACCCAUCCAGAGGAAGACCAUCCCGAUGAUCCUGGAUGGCAAGGACGUGGUGGCCAUGGCCCGGACGGGGAGCGGCAAGACGGCCUGCUUCCUCAUCCCCAUGUUUGAGCGGCUCAAGACCCGCAGCGCCCAGACUGGGGCCCGUGCCCUCAUCCUCUCACCCACCCGCGAGCUGGCCCUGCAGACCAUGAAGUUCACCAAGGAGUUGGGCAAGUUCACAGGCCUCAGGACCGCCCUGAUCCUGGGCGGGGACAAGAUAGAAGACCAGUUUGCAGCCCUGCACGAAAAUCCCGACGUAAUCAUUGCCACCCCCGGGCGCUUGGUGCACGUGGCUGUGGAGAUGAACCUGAAGCUGCAGAGCGUGGAGUACGUGGUGUUCGAUGAGGCAGACAGGCUCUUCGAGAUGGGGUUUGCCGAGCAGCUGCAGGAAAUCCUCUGCCGCCUCCCCGGGGGCCACCAGACGGUCCUGUUCUCUGCCACGCUGCCCAGGCUGCUGGUGGAGUUCGCCCGGGCCGGCCUCACGGAGCCCGUGCUCAUCCGGCUCGACGUGGAUGCCAAACUCAACGAGCAGCUCAAGACCUCCUUCUUCCUUGUGCGCGAGGACACCAAGGCCGCCGUGCUGCUCCACCUGCUGCGCACCGUCGUGCGGCCCCAGGACCAGACGGUGGUGUUUGUGGCCACGAAGCACCACGCGGAGUACCUCAGCGAGCUGCUGACGACCCAGGGGGUGAGUUGCGCGCACAUCUACAGCGCCCUGGACCAGACGGCCCGCAAGAUCAACCUCGCCAAGUUCACCCACGGCAAGUGCUCCACCCUCAUCGUGACGGACCUGGCGGCCCGCGGCCUGGACAUCCCGCUGCUGGACAACGUCAUCAACUACAGCUUUCCUGCCAAGGGCAAGCUUUUCCUGCACCGCGUGGGCCGCGUGGCCCGGGCGGGCCGAAGUGGCACAGCCUACUCUUUGGUGGCUCCAGACGAGGUCCCCUAUCUGCUGGACCUGCACCUGUUCCUCGGCCGUGCCCUCACCCUUGCCCGCCCCCAUGAAGGGUCCUCAGGUGCGGUCGGUGGGGACGGGGUGCUGGGCCGGGUGCCGCAGAGCGUGGUGGACGACGAGGAGGGCGGCCUCCGGAGCGCCCUGUCAGCGUCGCUGGAGCUGCGGGGCCUGGGCCGGGUGGCCGACAACGCCCAGCAGCAGUACGUGCGCUCCCGGCCCGCGCCCUCGCCCGAGUCCAUCAAGAGGGCCAAGGAGCUGGACGUCGCGGGGCUGGGCCUCCACCCCCUCUUCAGCUCGCGCUUCGAGGAGGAGGAGCUGCAGCGGCUGAGGAUGGUGGACACCAUCAAGCGCUACCGCUCGCGGGCGACCAUCUUUGAGAUCAACGCCUCCAGCCGGGACCUCAGCAGCCAGGUGAUGCGCGCCAAGCGGCAGAAGGACCGCAAGGCCAUCGCCACCUUCCGGCAGGGGCGGCAGGGGCGGCAGGAGGGCCCAGCUGGCCCAGGCCCAGGCUGCCCGGCACCCCGGGAAGAGAGGCCCGAGGAGGAGGAAGAGGCAGCGGGAGAGAGUUUGGAGGAUGUCUUCACAGAGGUCAUAGGCCGGAAGCGGCAGCAGCCGGGACCUGAGCGGGGAGCCAAGAGGCGGAGGGAGGAGGCCCGGCACCGGGACCGGGAGUUCUAUAUCCACUACCGGCCCAAGGAUUUUGACAGCGAGCGGGGCCUGAGCAUCAGUGGGGCUGCGGGGGCAUUCGAGCAGCAGGUGGCUGGUGCUGUCCUGGACCUGAUGGGGGAUGAAGCCCAGAACCUGACCAGGGGCCGGCAGCAGCUCAAGUGGGACCGUAAGAAGAAGCGCUUUGUGGGACAGUCAGGCCAGGAAGACAAGAAGAAGAUCAAGACGGAGAGUGGCCACUACAUCAGCAGCUCCUACAAACGGGACCUCUACCGGAAGUGGAAACAGAAGCAGAAAGUCGAUGAUCGUGACUCAGAGGACGAAGGGGCAUCCCAGCAGCGAGGCCCAGAGCGAAGAGGGGGGAAGCGGGGCAGAGGCCAAGGCACGUCCCAGCCCCGCACCCCAGCUGGCCCUGCAGGCCGCGUGCGCUCAGAGCUCAAGACCAAGCAGCAGAUUCUGAAGCAGCGGCGCCGAGCCCAGAAGUUGCGCUUCCUGCAGCGUGGGGGCCUCAAGCAGCUCUCCGCCCGCAACCGGCGCCGCGCCCAGGAGCUGCAGCAGGGCGCCUUCGGCCGGGGCGCGCGCUCCAAGAAGGGCAAGGUGAGGAAGAGCAUGUAAGGAAGGUGGCCCGGCCCCCCGGCCCCUCGCCGGGCCCAAGCGCGGACGUCGCAGACGUCCCCUGUCUACGCCGGCGGAGCUCCCCGCGGGCGCCGUCAUCCGUGAGGAGUGUCGUGCGGCCACGGAGCGCCAGCAGCCUCUGCCCAAGACGAGACAUUUAAACGGUCUUUGAGGGCGCACGGGAGUUUGCCAGCGAGGUCGGGACGGCCAAAGCCCGAGUUGGCGACCCCGCCGCUGCCGCUUCCCCGCGUUCUGGGUGGUUCCUGAGCCCGGAGGUGGCGGCCACACGGGCCCGAGCCCUGAGUGCCUAAGGCCCGGUGAUGUAUUUUUAAUGUAAUAAACCUUUAUCAAGCACCCCCCGUGGAGCAGGAGCGCAGUCGGCCCAAGGAGCUGGAAGGGACAGGGCCCUGAUGAGCUGCGAGGGCACGGGCUGGGGGAGGGGAGGGGAAGUGGGGUGGGGGGCAGAGGGCUCAGCUCUUCCCCUCCAGCUGUGAAGGAGUUAACACGUCCCCACCGCACCGCAGAGGUCAGAAGCUGUCCUGGCCUCUGCCCUCCGAGCCUUGGGGUCCUGGGACGGUCAAGGCAGCCUCCGGCAGCUGGGUUCUCACCUGUGCCCGUCCGCAAGAGAGCCUUCGUGAGCAGGCGCCCCGUGAACGGGUGUUUGCUGUGUGGCUCUCUUGCCGACGCUGUUUUACUCACCAAACACCCGCCUAGAAUUUGCCAGAAUUUGCACCAGGCUUCGUUCCAAACACCUGACAGACAUCAGCUUGUUUAAUGCCGUGACUGUCCUGGGAGGCAGGACCCGGUGCCAGGCCAUGUGGUGGAUGAGGGACUGGUGCCCCCCAGCUAGCCCACAUUUAUUUAGUUCUUGCUGUAUACCUCUCAUGCACUUCCCACGGCAGCCCCAGCGGGCACGGCCGUCCCAUCUU